AAGGAGUUCAUAAAGUCUCGAGUCUCGACCGCUGAUUUAAGUCAGUGUCAGAUUCCAACAACGCCGACCAGAAUGAAGCAGUGAGAACGAGUCAGAGCUUUUAAACAAGAUUUUACAGUUGGGUCCAUCUUGGGCCCAUUUUCCUCACCCGUAUUACUGGUUUCGUCUAGAAACUGACGGUAUAUCCCAAGACUGAAAGAGCUAGUAAAAUCUGAAAUUAGUUGCAGCUUGCAGGUAGGAGCAGGACGAUAGGUGCUACGGGUUUUAGAGUCAUCAACUGAGAGAGGAAAAUAAUAGAUAUGGCGUUUUCUUUGGGAAUCAGCUGCUUUCGUUCCUCACUUAUCACCUGCAAUGCCAUUGCUAACUACAACAGUAACAAUAUCUACCAUUCCCACUCGAAAGAUACCGCAUUCAUCAGACGCGCGGCCGAGUUAGCCGACAUGUCCGCCGGUUUAUCCUCUCCACACCCGAAUUUCGGCUGCGUCAUAACUACUGCAUCCGGAAAUGUCGCCGGAGAGGGAUAUCUUUACGCCCAGGGGACAAGACCUGCUGAGGUUCAAGCGGCGGAGGCUGCUGGAGGGUGGAGCAAAGGGGCCACGGCUUAUCUUAAUAUGGAGCCUGGGGAUUGCCAUGGAGACCACACUGCUGUCUCUGCUCUUGUUGAGGCAGGGAUUACAAGAGUUGUGGUUGGCAUUAGACAUCCCUUGAGGCAUCUUCAAGGCAAUUCUAUCCGUGCGCUUAGGAGUCAAGGUUUGCAGGUUGAUGUUCUUGGAGAGGAUCUCCAGAGUAAGAUUGUUGAGGAAGCUCGAAAAUCAUGUCUCCUUGUUAAUGCUCCUUUAAUUCAUAGAGCUACUUCUCGCGUACCCUUCUCAACCCUCAAGUAUGCCAUGACUCUUGACGGAAAAAUUGCUGCUACCACUGGACAUGCAGCAUGGAUAAGCAGCAGGAAAUCAAGAGAGCGAGUUUUUGAACUAAGGGGUAGAAGUGAUGCUGUUAUUGUGGGAGGAAACACAGUACGCAAGGACAAUCCUAGAUUGACUGCUAGACAUGGGGGUGGGCAUAUGCCCAUGAGGAUUGUAAUGUCCCAGACACUCAAUCUUCCUGAGGAAGCAAAUCUCUGGGACAUUUCUGAUGUUCCUACCAUAGUUGUAACACAAAGAGGUGCCAGGAGGAGUUUCCAAAAACUACUUGCAUCCAAAGGAGUUGAAGUGGUGGAGUUUGAUGUCUUAAAUCCCAGAGAAGUUAUGGAAUACUUUCAUGAUCGUGGAUAUUUGUCUAUUUUGUGGGAGUGUGGAGGGACGCUAGCGGCCUCUGCUAUUUCAGCUGGUGUUAUACACAAGGUUUUUGCAUUUGUUGCCCCUAAGAUUAUUGGUGGAAAGAAUGCGCCAUCUCCUGUUGCUGAACUAGGGAUGGUUGAGAUGUCACAAGCUUUGGAUUUAAUUGAUUUUCAUUAUGAACAGGUUGGACCAGAUAUGCUCAUUAGUGGAUUUCUGCAUCCAAUCCCAGAACCAACCCCAGUUAUUCCAUCAGAAGAAGAAACUUUCGCAAUUGAUCCUACUGUCAUUCCUUAUGAAUCAAGUAUCAUAUUCUUCUAUAAGACUUGGGAUCCUUAUGGAGCUCUUUCAAAUUUUUCUCCUCAUCCAAUCCAAAUGCUCGAUGAUAAUGGUAAUUACGCCACAUGGACAACUGUGGAGCAUUACUACCAGGCACACAAGUUUCUGGGUGUGAAUGAUCCUGUAGCAAAAGAUUGCAUUGAGAAGAUAAAAUCUGCAAAAAGUCCAGAGGAAGCAGCACGAAUGGGAAGGUCAAUGCAGAGACGGCACCCUGAUCUGGUGAGACCUGAUUGGGAAAAUAUCAAGAUUGAUGUUAUGUACAGGGCGCUAAAAUGCAAGUUCUCAACUUAUCCUCAUUUGAAAUCCAUGCUGCUCUCUACUGUUGGAUCGGUUCUUGUUGAAGCUUCCCCACAUGAUCUUUUUUGGGGCGGAGGUCGAGAAGGUGAAGGCCUGAAUUAUCUGGGUAGGCUGCUCAUGAAGUUGAGAUCGGAAUUUCUCGGUGAGACCUGAUUGGGAAAAUAUCAAGAUUGAUGUUAUGCACAGGGCGCUAAAAUGCAAGUUCUCAACUUAUCCUCAUUUGAACUCCAUGCUGCUCUCUCUACUGUUGGAUCGGUUCUUGUUGAAGCUUUUUGUAAUCAAUGCCAACAUGAUGAAAAGUUGAAACAAAAAUAAUUUGAAACAGUUUGAGGAAGACUUUUUGGUCGAUGAAAAGCAGCAUUUACAAUAGUUUAAUUGAGGUUGUUGUCAUCUCAAAUCAAAUAUCAAGCUUUGGACCAUUCAUGAUCAUCCUCUACUGUAACUCACAUGUUUAAUGUCGAUUAUGUCAUUUUCUGUCAUUUUAAUCCUA